AUGGAAGAGCAGUUUUUAUCAUAUUUUGUGUCCAUGCAUCUUUUUCUUAACAAAAUAGUUUACAGAAAAGAAUGUAAACAAUCUGUGACCUGGCCAGUUGUGCCCGCAGCUCCCGGAGGGAGGGCUGGUGUCUCGCCUUCAGUAAGGACGAGAGGUAGGAAACCUGAGGAGCGUCUGUUGCCAGAAACGUUUCUUGUGUGUGCAUUAAACCACCUCCAGAUGAGUUGGGGGGACAUUUCACUUUUUAAUUUUGAAACUGUUUUUGAAAUUAAUUGUUGCUGUGUACUAAGAACUUGGCCUAAAUAA